AUGGACGUGGAGAAAUCGUCGCUGUGCAAUUGCGUGGUGAAUUUCCUAUUGGAGGAGAAUUACCUCUUGACGGCGUUCGAGCUUCUCCACGAAUUGCUCGACGACGGUCGUGACGAUCACGCCAUUCGCCUCAAAGAAUUCUUCUCCGAUCCUUCUCAUUUUCCUCCCGAUCAGAUUUCUCGCUUUAACACUCUUCGAGUUGCUGAUCCCCAAAGUUUGCUUGAAGAGAAAGAAGCAUUAGAAGAAAAACUAGCAUUUAGUGAAUAUGAGCUUCGUUUGGCUCAAGAGGAUGUUACGAAACUGAAGAAUGAGUUAGAAAAGAAAUCUGAGGCUGUUCUUGGUGGGACAAAUGGGACAAAUAUAGAUGCUGCUGUAGAUUUUCAACGUCAGAAGAAGAAUUCUUCUUUUUCUGACUUGGGACCUCUGAAGGAUAAUGAGCGACGUGAUCUCAACUGUGCUGUGAAGGAAUAUUUAUUAUUUGCAGGAUAUCGCUUAACUGCAAUGACCUUCUAUGAGGAGGUUACCGACCAGAAUCUGGAUGUUUGGCAAAACUCCUCUGCAUGUGUUACAGAUGCACUGCGCCAUUACUAUUAUGAGUUCCUUUCUUCGACUUCCGAUGCUGCUGAGGAAAAGAUCAGUCUUCUUCGGCAAUGUGAUUCUCUUGAGAAAGAAAAUGAGAAGCUUAAGAAUGAAAUGCAGUCACUGGUGAAAAGCAAAGAUAUGGUUGAUAACCAGGUUUUGGCUCUGAUGAAAUCUUUGGAGGCUUUGCAGAAAGAUUUAAAGGACAAGGAAAUUCUGGUGCAAGAUUCGAAACAGGCAUUAGAAAGCCAGUUGAAGGAACUCAAUGACUGCAGAGCUGAAAUUACUUCACUUCAAAUGCAUUUAGCACGAUCGAAGCUAAACUUUACAUCAAGUGCUUCUGAUAAUGUUCAAUUGCGGUCCUCCGAAAGCUACAUUGAAGAAAUAAGAUUGCUUGAGAGUGAAGUUGAGAGGUUGAAAAGAACAAAUUCCUUCAAUGUUGAUUCUGCAAAAUUAAUAAAGCAAAGCGAAGGAGACAGAAACCCUGAAAAGGAACUUCUGGAGUCAAGGAAAUCUAAUAAUGCAGAAGACUUAGUUAAUAAUAUAUUGCCUGAGAGUUCUGGUAUGAAUUCUAGUUCACAGCCAUCUGUACCUCAAGAUAACUCUUCGAAUGUACAAAACGAAGUCUCAGAAGAGGGAUCAUUACAGUCUAAAAAUGACAGCAGUACCCUGAUCCGCGAGAAUUACGUCAAAGACAAUCAUGAAGCAAGUCCUGAGACUAAUGGGAUGAUUCUAAAAUCUGAAAAUCUUUCUUCUGAUGCCGAGAACAUGGGGUUGGAAACCAUACAAAUCCUUUCAGAUGCAUUACCCAAAAUUGUACCUCACGUUUUGAUAAAUCAUAGAGAGGAGCUCCUUCCCCUGAUGAUGUGUGCAAUUGAGCGCCAUCCAGACAGCAUGACCCGGGAUUCCUUGACCCACACACUAUUCAACUUAAUCAAGCGUCCAGAUGAACAGCAGAGACGGAUUAUCAUGGAUGCUUGUGUGACACUUGCGAAGAAUGUUGGAGUAAUGAGAACAGAAACAGAGUUGCUUCCUCAAUGCUGGGAACAAAUUAAUCACAUGUAUGAAGAACGAAGGCUGCUGGUUGCUCAAUCUUGUGGAGAGCUUGCAGAGUAUGUUCGACCAGAGAUCCGGGAUUCUCUCAUCUUAUCUAUUGUGCAACAGCUGAUUGAGGAUCCGGCAAUAGUUGUCCGUGAGGCUGCUGCCCAUAAUCUGGCUUUGCUGCUUCCACUCUUCCCAAACAUGGACAAAUAUUUCAAGGUUGAGGAGAUGAUGUUUCAGUUGGUUUGUGAUCCAUCUGGAGUGGUGGUGGAAGCUACAAUAAAAGACCUCGUUCCUGCUUUAAUCAGUUGGGGUAACAAGUUGGAUCAUGUUUUGCAAGUUCUGCUUUCCCACAUUUUGGGAUCUGUUCAGCGCUGUCCACCUCUUUCUGGGGUUGAAGGUUCCAUUGAGGCACAUCUUCGUGUUUUAGGUGAAAGAGAACGGUGGAAUAUUGAUGUUUUGUUACGUUUGCUGGAAUCACUGCUCCCAUUCUUGUAUAAGAAAUCUGUUGAGACUUGCCCAUUUCCUUCCGUAUCAGAUUCUUCUGGAAAUUUAGUCUCGCUUCAAUUACUUGAAGUCUAUGCUAGGGAAAAUGUGGAGUGGCCUUCUUUUGAAUGGCUUCAUAGUGAGUGCUUUCCAGGCUUGAUUCAGAUGGCUACUCUUUUACCUCAGAAGGAGGACAGCCUGAGAAAUAGGAUCACUAAGUUUCUAUUAAGAGUCGCACAAUGUUAUGGUGAACUGCAUCUGACUCAUAUUGUACUGCCUGUGUUCUUGGUGGGGGUGGGUGAUGAUGGCGAUUUGACAUACUUCCCCCAAGCUGUCCAAGCUAGAAUAAGAAGUUUGAAACCAAAAGGUACAGUCGCUAAUAGACUUGCUACUUUGGGUGUUCUACCACUUCUAUUGGCUGGUGUUUUGGGAUCCCCCAGCAAGCACGAUCAUCUCAUGGAGUACUUAAGGAAUAUAUUAUUUCAAAGUUCAGAACAAGAGAUUCAACCGGCAAAGCCUGAGCUAAUUAAUGCUGUUCGCUUCCUAUGCACUUUUGAAGAACAUCAUACAAUGACUUUUAACAUUCUGUGGGAAAUGGUUGUCAGUUCCAGUAUAAAUAUGAAAAUCCAUGCUGCCAAUCUCUUGAAGUCAAUUGUGCCCUACAUCGAUGCAAAGGUUGCUUCAACCCAUGUUGUACCUGCUCUUGUUACUCUCGGUUCUGACCAAAAUUUGAACGUGAAGUAUGCCAGUAUUGAUGCUUUCGGAGCUGUAGCGCAGCAUUUCAAAAAUGAUAUGAUUGUUGACAAAAUACGUGUUCAAAUGGAUGCUUUUCUUGAGGAUGGUUCUCACGAAGCUACAAUAGCUGUAGUUCGUGCGCUGGUUGUGGCUAUUCCUCACACAACAGAUCGACUCAGAGAUUAUAUCCUCUGCUUUUUCCUCUUUCUAAAACUAAUAAUAUAUUUGAAUUUGCUAUUGGAAGUCGUUACCAAUCUCUCUGCCGUGCCACUCCCUUCAAGUGAUGUGAUGCGUCGUGGAGACAGAGCCAAUGCAUUUUGUGAAGCUAUACGUGCUCUUGAUACAACAGAUCUUCCAUCAUCUAGCGUCAGCAACUUCCUCCUGCCUGCAAUACAGAACUUAUUGAAGGACACUGAUGCUCUGGAUCCAGCACACAAAGAAGCGCUUGAAGUUAUACUGAAGGAAAGGUCAGGUGGAACCUUAGACACCAUAAGUAAGGUAAUGGGCGCGCACCUAGCCUUACCAACCUCUGUAAGCAGCUUCUUUGGGGAAGGUGGGUUACUGGGUAAAAGGGAGAUCGGAGAUCAAGUUGUGACAUCACCAGAGCCUGUCCCGCAAAAUCCAGCAGAAGAUACAAGGUUUAGGCGGAUAAUGAGAGGUGGUUUCUCAGACAUGCUCAGGGGCAAAGCAAAGGGUGGUGAGGACACCCCACACAGCCAGUGA